GUGACAGUGAGGCGUGUUCGGUACGUAAGUGUUAACACGCGCAUAUAUCACUAGUUCGACGUGGUACACCUGUCUGGCCACGCCCACAGCGCCGCGGUCCCCGUGCCCCCCUACCGCCCCCUGUCUUUCGCUUCGCCAUCAUCAAGAUACCACUCCAUGUUGAGAUUCCGUCGGGGGCGGUGCACACUCGGGUAUCACUAAUAUACGUAUCGUGUUUCAGACAGUGUGUUGUGUGAGAAAAACUUUUUGGUGUUAUUUACUGUUUUGUUACCUCUAUUGUUUGCUGUGUCUAUGUGGCUCAGCGACCUGAAUGAUCUUGACAUCGACAACUCCACCUAUUAAAUUGUUAGCAUGGUGGUGGUGCUGAACGGCGUGCUCGCGGACGAGUGUCCGACGUCUGUGCGCGCGCUCCUUGCCAGCCAUCCCGGGUACAGAGAUGCGGCUGCGCAGCUGUUGGCCGCCGCGGCUAGAGUCGUACCACCACAGGGGCUGCUCUAUGUUGGUCAGCGAGAGCUAGCCGCUGUAGUACCCCAUGACAAAAACGUGAGCAUCAUUGGUUCAGACGACGCGACAUCAUGUAUUAUAGUAGUUGUCAGGCAUUCAGGGUCUGGAGCCGUCGCGUUAUCUCACCUCGACGGCUCGGGGACGGCGGAAGCGGCGGCCGCGAUGGUAGCGCGCGUUCAGCAACUAGCAGUCGGCUACCCUGAGGGUAGAUUAGAGUUACAACUGGUGGGCGGCUUCACUGAUCCACAUCGCUACUCGGACGAACUGUUCGCAAAUAUUAUGCUGUCGUUCCACCGGCUGAGCGUGGAGAUAGACCUGCUGCUGGCGUGCAGCUGCGAGCUGAACACGGCGCUGGGCGGCGGUGCGCCCGCGCCGCUGGUGACGGGCGCGGGCGUGGACGUGCGCUCCGGGGAGCUGUUCCCCGCCACCUUCCCCGACAAGGGGCCCGAGGUGCCGCUGCGGGGCGCGCGCAUGAUCACCGGCGGCCCGCACUCCGCGCAGGUGCUUGAUAUCUACGAUAACGCGGUGGGCAUGUUGCGCAUCGGGCCGUUCAACUACGACCCUUUACGCGGCGUCGAUCUGUGGCUCGAACAAUCCGAUGACUUUAUUCUGCAACAUUUGAGUACCACACCCGCUGUUGAACCGCCGCACUUCGUUCACAAUAUCCGCGUGACACUAAGGUUCAUCCAGCAGCAUCCGUUCCCGGCCGUGACCGUGUUCCCGGACAACCGCCCGCACUACUACCGCCGCGACGACCACUCCGGCUGCUGGACGCCCGUGCGGUUCUAGUGUAACUACAUUUUACC